AUGUGGCUGAGAAUUUGCUCUGGUCAUGAGGGAAGAGAGAUCAAUAGAGAGGCAAUCAUUCGACCAUGCAUUGAUGAUUUCUGUGUCAAUGUUGGUUCUCAUUUACUCUCUUUCUUUUUCCUUUCUCUUUUUCUAUCUUUCUUUCUUUCUCGCUUUUUUUCUUUAUCACAUUCUCUUUCUUUCUUUCUUUCACUUUAUUUUUUCGUUCUUUCUUUCUUUUUAUUUAUUUCUCUCUCUCUUUCUCUCGCUUUCUUUCAUUUUCUUUCUUUCUCUCUCUCUCUUUCUUUCUUUCUUUUUUUCCAUUUAUUUCUCUAUCCUUUUCUUUCUUUGUUUCCCGCUUUCUCUUUCUUUCUUUCUUUCUUUCUUUCUUUCUUUCUUUCUUUCUUUACUUCUUUUUUCUCACUUUCUUUCUUUCUUUCUUUCUUUCUUUCUUUCUUUCUUUCUUUCUUUCUUUCACUUUAUUUUUUCAUUUUUUCUUUCUUUCUAUUUAUUUCUCUCUCUCUUUCUCUCGUUUUAUUUAUUUCUUUUUAUUUAUUUCUCUCUCUCAUUCUUUCUUUCUUUCUUUCCAUUUAUUUCUCUAUCCCUUUCUUUGUCUCCCGCUUUCUCUUUCUUUCUUUCUUUCUUUCUUUCUUUCUUUCACUUCAUUUUUUUCUUUCUUUUCUUUUUAUUUAUUUAUCUACCCUUUCUUUCUUUUUCUCCCGCUUUCUCUCUUUCUUUUUCUUUCUUUCUUUCUUUCUUUCUUUCUUUCUUUCUUUCUUUCUUUCUUUCUUUCACUUAAUUUUUUCGUUCUUUUUUCUUUUUAUUUAUUUCUCUCUCUUUUUCUCUCGCUUUCUUUUUUUUAUUUAUUUCUCUUUCUUUCUUUCUUUCUUUCUUUCUUUCUUUCUUUCUUUCUUUCUUUCUAUUUAUUUCUCUAUCCCUUUCUUUUUUUCUCCCGCUUUCACUUUCUUUCUUUCUUUCUUUCUUUCUUUCUUUCUUUCUUUGUUUGUUUAUCUUGCUUGUGCACGCGUCUCUGUGUCAACCCGCCUUACGUGUCGUCGCCCCUGCGAUGACCGGCACGGGAAACCCGAUCCAGCCGUCAAAAUGCAGCAAUCCCUAGGGGCAGACGAGAGCACCAUCGUUAAUCAGGGCGUUAUCGCAACGUCUCAAACUCUUUGCAAUCUCAUUUGCAUGCCCUCCCCACCAACAUCACCACCACCACCCUGCUCUCCUCACACCUCUCUUUCUCUCCUCUACCCAUCGACGCCAUUUUACUUUUCAUGUUCUUCGCCCCCCACCCUUCCACAAUAA